GUUGUCGACGAAGAACAAUGUAAACACCGCUGCCAUUCGGAACCUGGCGCACCUGUAAACAUCACGGAGCAGACAGAUAAUAGGAUCUUCCCGAUGUGCCUUUGGAGUUUGUUGUGGGCGUUCUGUUAGCGGCGAAGAGAUGUCGGACCCUCUGCCGGUGUGGUUCGCGGUGCAGGCGGAGCUGCUGGGCCACGAGGAGGAGCUGGACUCGCAGUCUCGGAGCUGUUUCGACUGUUACGACGACGCCACUUUGUUCGAGUUGUUCCACCUCACGCGCGCUUGCGUCGAGUUCGUGGCCGACAUCGUGCGCGGCCGCAUGAAGAAAUUCCUCCUCAGCUCGUUGUCCUUGGACGCCAUGAUCAUGACGACGCUCAACUUUUACGCGCGCGGCUCUCAUUCCACCGCCCUGAAGAAGCGCUUCGACCUCAAGACGGACUGCGACGACGUCGUGUUCACCGUGUCCGAAGUGGUCGCCGCCAUGUCCGAUCAGUUCAUCUCCUUCCCGCAGACGCGCAGAGCCAAAAUCGACAUGGCCCACAUGGUGGAGGACUUCUGCGGGAUCCCGGACGUGCUGGGCUUGCUGGCCCCGGCUCACUUCAAGAUCACCCAAGGACCGCUCGACUUGCACUUCAACUCACUGGGCUACGCGUCCGUGGUGUGCCAGAUGAUUUGCGACCUGGACGGAAACAUCCUGAGCGUGGAGCAGUGUUGCGCGGGCGGCACGCGCGAGCAAGAUUUGUGGGGCACGUCCAUCAGGGGACGAGAGAUCGAGGAAGAACUCUAUGGACAAUACUGGGUCAUAGGAGGGGACGGCUACGACUUAAGCAAACGCGUCCUGACCCCCGUGGCUGAACCUCAAGACGAGGCGCAGAGGAACUUCAACGUGGCCCACGCCAAGAUCCACGCCGCGGCCCAGAGCACGCUGCGCUCCCUGAAAUGGCGUUUCAGGUGCUUAACGCAACUCGGCUUCGAGCAGCACAAGCUGACCAACAUCAUCAAGGCCUGCUGCGUCUUGCACAACAUUGCCAAGAAGUUCUCGGUCCCCCUGCCGCUGGGAGAGGACCAAUUUGAGGACCCCCAGCCGAGGAACCCGCGCAGCGAUUCGGCCGGGAUUUGCCCAGACGUUCUGAGGGCUCGACAGGAACUCAUCGAUUAUCACUUCUCCGUGAUACCUUGUCAAGAGGAACUAGAAUGAUGACGCCGCAUUGAAGGAAACACCCCCCCCCCCCCCAAUGUGGGAAGGAGGACAUUUACGUCAUUCUUAUGACACCAGAAGGAUUUAUUUUCUCUUUGUAAAAAUGAAUUUCUUGUCUUGGAUUUCAGGUUGAGGUGAGACAGUUUUACGCGGAUAUCUUCUCCCCAAGUGGAAAAAUGUUUCCAAAGCUCAUGUCCUUGUCAAUAGAAGAUUUGGAAACGCUCUUUGGCGUGUCAUUUCACAUCCAAGUGCUAUCCUGUUUCAGAUUGCAGUUUUGUGAAACUCUCGCGGUUGGCAUAAAUGACAUCCACCUUCUGGGAGAUGUUUUCAUCGCCCUCCCCUGGAGACUGCAGACAGUCCAUGAUGCACCGGUGCAGGAAAACAUACUGGGACUGCAAAGAGAGCAGACCAAGAAUCCGUUGGAAACAAGCGCUCUCCCCACAUUUUUGCACCACGGACUGGGGUGAACACGAGGACGGGAACGUGAAAACGGGCGCUGCGGCCUUACCUCGGUCUGCACCAUGUGCGGCCGCCGCAGUCUCAUGUUGUGUAUGAAGGCGUUGAUACCAACUUCCUUGUCUCUGUGCAGCUGCUGAAGCAGAACAUCCAAGGCGAUAAUGGUGCCAGUCCUGCCUACCCCUGCACUAAAAGACAAAAAAAAAAAAGACACAGAUGUGUCAUCUCGUUGACACCCCAUCUGCCCCCACCCCACCAUUGUGUGUUCCGCAUAAAUGGCCAAUAAAGAUUCCGAUUCAAGUCACAA